AUGGUACUGGUAUUCAAUGUAUAUCUAUGGAUAAACAGUAUACAAGCUGUAGAUAGGACAUCAUGCCCGCAUUUCGAAACGUCUUCCGCUGGCGGUCUUUCUUUCAUUUCUGUGUUCCUCAUCGGCAACUUCUCUGCGGGCGCGGUUCAAGAUUUUGGUGAAACUGUUGACUCUGAAUCUCAUUCUUUGGUGCAGGUAACAUUUCACGAUUUUAAUAUGGUAGUGGAAGUAGGACCGGAACAAUUGGAUGUGGGUGAUGGAGUUCCAUUUGACGUCUUCGGUGCUCAGGUGUCUUGGGAACAGAACAAACGUGAUGUAGGUCUUGUUGUGAGUGUUUUCGGAUUCCAGGUGCUUGAUUUCCAGUGGAAUUUCCUGGUGUGA